AUGCAUCGCUCGAUCGGGUCCAUCAGAUUGCUGACGAAGCCAGCUCGUAUCGCCGAAUUUGCUGCACUUUACCCUAAUCGGUCAGUUUCUUUUUUCACGUUUCACGCCGUAACUUUCGAAUUUCCCACGUAUUUUGUUAGUCAAAAUGCAUUUUCCCGGGGGAAAUCCACUUUUAAUAUUCUUCUUUUGCUGACCAAAAAGUCAAACACCGAUUCGCACGUUUAUAACGUGAACACAAAGAGCGGACAUACUCUGGCCGAGUGUGUUCCCGAUUAGUCAUGUUGAUUUGUCAGGGAUUCUGCGUUCUGAUUUCCUGAUAAAUACAGGUCAACUGGCAAACAAUCGUAAAGAAAAACAAUGAAUAAUUGGAAGGGUCGUUCAAUCACCCUUCUUAUUCCGAUCAUAUUUCGAUUUUCUUUCCAUAAAUCAAUUAGCGGUUCUUUUUUUGUUGACAAACUGUUUAUAGUGACAACACGUGACAGACACGUGGACACUCCAGACUUCUUCCACACUGAAAGUAAACAAAAUUGAAAGUGACGGGGAAAAUGUUCUUUGGACACUAUCAUUCUGGGCAGGUUCCUUCACUACCGCAGUAUCUCACCCGGGGGAAUCCCUUUCGAACGUGUUACAGACACUGGGGAAAGACAACAAGUGAUGAUAGUGCACUCUCACUCUCGUCUUAUGAUUGUCCUGUUUAUCAGCUCGCGAACUAUCGCACUUUAGUGCAAGUCGUGUAGUGUAGAAACAGGUCAAAAAGAAAAAGAUCAAACAACAAAUGACGGUUCCAAACACGCUUGUUUUUCAGAUGCUCGUGUCCACUCAUUCGAUGUUCUUCCUCCUCUUCCGGAGAUAAUGGAAACGACGGAGAGAACGGAGGUGGCGAUUUAACGAAUGCGCCGCCGAACAAGGCGAUCCAAUCGUUCGGACAGUGCCGACACUGCUCGAAGCCGCUCAAGCCGUUGCCCACACUGACUCGUGAGUAUUUUACCAAAAAUGAGGGAAAAGUGACGGGGAUCGUGCAUUGCAAAAGAAAUAAAAUGCUGACAGGAAACAGUUUCAGCAUCCAAUCGAUAUAUCCACUGCGACAGCUGUAACAAAUUGUACUUUGCAAACUAUUUUGAGGAUUCCGCUAAGAAUGCGUUUUCAAAGCAAUUCGUCCGAAAGACGCCACCCUAUCCCACGCAAAUUGCCGAGUAUCUUGACAAAUUCGUCGUCGGACAGAAAAAGGCCAAAAAGACGUUGGCCGUCGGAGUCUAUCAGCAUUAUCGCCGUCUUGAGCACAACAUCGAAACGGGCGCCUCGUCCAUCUACCAGAACGCACAAACAACGAAAGCCCCAUCUGAUGGACUGGAUACGAAGAUGCCACGUGGAGUGUUGUAUCAAGACGAAAUGCGUAUGGGACAGACGGCAAGCAGCGAGCUGAGGAACUCUCUGAUUCAGCAGCAGGUUGGUCAGACAUUCACCAACUGAUCAAGUUCGGCAUUUUCAGGGAAUUCCACAGCCACAACAAGCCCGACGCGUGCCACCGACCUUCCGAGCUCUUCCGGAGAAAGAGCAAGCCGUACGUCUCGAGAAAUCGAACAUUCUUCUCGUCGGACCAUCCGGAGUCGGAAAAACAUUCCUUACACAAACAUUGGCACGAGUCCUGGACGUUCCAAUUGCACUCUGCGAUUGUACAUCAAUGACGCAAGCAGGAUAUGUGGGGGAAGACGUGGAGAGUGUGAUACAGAAGUUGGUUCAAGCUGCCGGAGGAAACGUGGAGAAGGCUCAACAGGGAAUCGUGUUCCUCGAUGAAGUUGAUAAGAUUGCUGCUGCGAACGAAGGACACUCGGCCGCCUAUCGAGAUGUUUCCGGAGAAGGAGUACAGCACGCUCUUCUGAAGUUGGUCGAAGGGACCGUUGUCAACGUGAAGAGCGGGAAGAAGGGAAUGGGAUCACAGCAGGAUCAAGUCCAGGUCGACACCUCCGACAUCCUGUUCAUCGCUUCGGGAGCCUUCAGUAACCUCGACAAAAUCGUCGGAAGACGUCUCGACAGAAAAGCGCUUGGUUUCGGAUCCCAGUCUGGCAACGUGCGCAUUUCCACCGACGAUUCCAAUUCGGAAGUAAUGCGAAAGAGAGACGAACUCCUUUCAAAGGCCGAUCAGGGAGAUCUGAUCAGCUUCGGAAUGGUUCCCGAACUGGUCGGCAGAUUCCCAGUACUCGUUCCUUUUCAUUCCUUCGACAAACAGGUAACUCCCUCGUGCGCUCUGCUCCAUUUAACUCUCCCGUUUUCAGAUGUUGGUGCGAGUGAUGACUGAGCCACAGAACUCUCUUCUUGCUCAACUCAAACUCCAGUUCGGAAUCGACAACGUCGACCUUUCAUUUUCUGCCGAAGCUCUCGAGCAGGUCGCCCACAUUGCCCUCGAAAGAAAAACGGGAGCCCGUGCUCUUCGUUCCAUCCUCGAAGCCGCUCUUCUUGACGCCAAGUUCACCGUUCCUGGGUCGGAUAUCGAAUCAGUCCACGUCAGCAGGUUUGUCAUCUGAAUCUAGUCUGCAAUUAUCACGCACCCUUUUCAGAGAAGCGAUUCUUGGCGAGAAAGAAGUUGAAUAUGCUCGUCGUAAGGCGCACGUCGAAGAAGAGGAAGACGAGACUCAGACUCAGAGAAAGUCAGCCGUCGCAUAA